AUGAACCGUUUCAUCCUUGCUUCUUUCCUUCUUGUCGCCAUCUUUGCUGUUUCUCAAGCGGCUCUUGCUCAACAGCGCGUCAAGGACGGAGAGAAAGUCGAGCUGGAUUCCUUCAAGGGUGUCAAAGCCAUUAGCAGAACCGUCCCAGCUGGAGAGCAAGUCUUCCACUUUGAUGGAGAGCACAAGGGAUCAUUCGUUGAUGCUAAGGGAAAGAAGGUCGAGUCCUCCAACUACGAAGUUCAGAAUGGCAUCCUCGUGAUCAAGAAGUUCUCCAAGGAUGAUGUUGGAUCAUACUCCGAGCACAACGCUAAGAACAUUGAGACCAAACACGCUGAUGGAUCCAUCUCCGCUGUUCCAGGACUCACCCUCAACAUCUCCCUCGAAUAA